AUGGCGGUUUCUUGUUUCUUUUUAUUAUGUACAGUUACCAAGUACAUAAGAAUUGGGAUCGGCGACAAAAACGAUAAUCCGCCUUACUUCGACCAGGCCUUGUAUGAGGCUGAGGUGAACGAGGACGAAGACAUCCAACAUACAGUGAUAACAGUAACAGCCAAGGACAAGGACGAAUUUAGUGUUUUAGAGGACAGAUUGACGACAUUGGAAGUGUUCUUGGAUUUGAGUCGAUCAGAUGCAGAAAUGACUAACUUAGUGGAGUCACUAGUAGAAUCUAUUUUAGGAGAGAGCUCAAUAUUGGUCUGUGUUAAUGCUAUAACCUUCUUUUUUUACACACAUCUACAGGUCACAGCUACGGACGGAGACCGGGACCGUCCACAAGACAUUGUUUACUUUUUAACAGGACAAGGAACUGAUGAAAUAGAUCCAGCACAACAUAAAUUUGCAAUAAAUAGCUCAUCAGGUGAAAUUUACGCCCUUAAACCCCUUGAUCGUGAUAGACCUCGCGGCCGCUCAUAUUGGCGCUUUACUGUCUUUGCUGAAGAUGAAGGAGGGCAUGGUCUGGUUGGAUAUGCAGAUGUACUUGUUAAUCUCAAAGAUAUCAAUGACAACCCACCCUUCUUUCCUUCUGCUCUUUACAUUGGUAACGUAACAGAAGACGGACCAGCAGGUAUGACGGUGAUGACUAUGACAGCAACGGAUUAUGACGACGCGGAAGAAGGCGAAAAUGCUAAACUAACCUACUCUAUUGAACAGAAUCCAGUUAAUGAAAGGGGAGAAUUGAUCUUUACUAUCGAUAAAGACACAGGAGUUAUUUCUACAGCAGUAUGCUGCCUUGACAGAGAGACUAAUCCGGAGUAUACCAUCAAGGUUGUUGCUACGGAUGGAGGAAGACUUUCUGGAACUGGUACGGCUACCAUUAAGGUUAAAGACAUCAACGACAUGCCCCCAAGAUUCACUAAAAAUGUUUGGAACGUGGAGGUGGACGAGACUGAUGGAGGGGACAUUCCUCACGAAUCUAUUCUUGUUGUAUCCGUCAAUGAUAAAGAUCUUUUGGAUACAAACCGGUUUAGUUAUGAGGUUCUCCAGUCCGCUUAUGGUUCUGACAAAUUCACAAUGCUCACAAAUCCAGACGGAACUGGAUCUUUGAAGAUCACCAAGCCCCUCGAUUAUGAAGAUCCCAAUCAAAGAUUCGGCUUCAACAUCACUAUCCAAGUGAGUGACGACGGAGGACAGUCAAAAGAUCCACGGCACAUUGACCGAGCCAAAAUCGAAGUGCGUAUCCGAGAUAUCAACGAUAACCCUCCUAAAUUCUUGAAAGAAAACAAAAAUGCCUUAAUUCCGGAAGAUGCAGAAAUAGAGACGAGUGUGGCAAAUUUUACAGCGGUGGAUCCGGAAAAAGGGGGUUCUUCAAAAGUGAGUUAUGUUAUUGAGCGAAGAUCGGACAAAAAGAGACAGUUUAAAAUCAACCAGAAAGGAGAAAUUAAAGUGCAGAGAAAAUUAGACAGAGAAGAUAUCCCGCAAUAUAAAAUAAAAGUUCUGGCUAUAGAUGACGGAAACCCUACUCUAACUGCUACCGCCACAUUGACUGUGACAGUGGAUGAUGUUAAUGACAAUGCUCCAAGAUUUCUCGAAGAUUAUCGACCCGUCUUUUAUGAGAAUAAACCACCGAAACAGGAAGUACAGAUCCAAGCAACAGAUGAAGAUGACAGAUCGAAAGAUAAUGGACCACCGUUUACGUUUCGUAUGGACUUUAAUGCCCCACCUAAAAUCAAAGAGUUUUUUGAAGUUGAACACGACGGUACUGGCGCAGAUGGAGCUGGAAUGGCGAUAGUGAGAUCUAAAGUAGAGUUUGAUCGAGAGGAGCAGAAGGAAUAUCAUGUGCCUAUUGUGAUUAAAGACAGCGGGAGAAUCUCAAUGACCGGGACUAGUACCUUAACAGUGGUAAUUGGUGACGUGAAUGACAAUCUCAUGCGUUCGGAUAAAAAGAAUAUAUUUGUUUAUACAUAUAAAGGAGAUGCUUCCAAUAUUUCCAUUGGACGAGUACACGUAAAUGAUUUAGACGAUUGGGACCUACCCGAUAAAGUGUUUGCUUGGGAUAAUAACGUACCAGACUCCAACUUCAACUUGGAUCCAAAAACUGGAAAUCUUUCCAUGAAGAACGUUACGCCUGGAGGUCCAUAUUCUCUCGCUUUUAAUGUCUUCGAUCGUCGACACACCAAAUCAGUGUCAGCAACUGUACACGUUAGAGUGCAGGAAAUUCCAGAAGAAGCUAUCUACAGUUCUGGAUCUGUAAGGAUUUUGGGAACUUCCGCUGAGGACUUUGUGCGUGUUUCAGAGUGGAAGAAUGAAGAAACGAGAAAAAGCAAGUUCGACAAGUUCCGAGAUGCCCUUGCGCGGGUGUUAAAAAUUGGUCAAGAAAACAUUGACAUUUUUACUGUUUACCUAAAGCAGGAGCGGCCUCCUGUAACUGAUGUUCGGUUUGCUGCCCACGGGUCUACUUAUUAUAAAGCCAGUAUCCUGAAUGGAGCAGUAGACUUAAACAGGAAGUUGAUAGAACAGUUAGUGGACAUAAACAUUGUCAUGGUAGGGAUCGAUGAAUGUAUAUAUGAAAAGGUAAACUGUGAAGGAAGCUGUACCAACAAGCUAAUGGUCGAGAGUCAUCCUGUUGUCGUCAACGCCAACAAGACCUCAUUUGUUGGAAUCAACAGCUGGGUGAAACCCCAAUGUAAAUGUGGAGCUCGAGAGUUUUCGGAACCAGAGACUUGUAAAAAGUAUCCUCCUACGUGCCUCAAUGGUGGAAGAUGUAACAUCGCUGGGAAUGGCAUAAAGUGUACUUGCACAGAAGGAUUUACGGGCCCUCAAUGUCAACAACCUGCCCGUUUUUUCAAUGGAAAUGGUUGGGCUUGGUUUCCUCCUCUUCAGCAGUGUGAAAAGUCCCACUUCAGCAUCGAGUUUAUGACCAAAAUAGGAAACGGCUUACUACUGUAUAAUGGACCUAUUUCGGACCCUGACUACGAAGAGGAAGGAGUACAAGAUUUUAUAUCACUAGAGCUCAGAAAUGGAAAACCAAGAUUGUUAAUAGAUUUUGGUUCUGGAACAGCAGAAGUUUUAGUUGAUACUCAAGAAUCCUUAAGUGACGGGGCAUGGCAUAAAGUGGACAUAUUUUGGGAUAGAGAGAAUGCAAGAAUGAUGGUGGACAACUGUGUGUACUCCCAACAUACAAGUACUGACCCAUCUAUCUCGGACAGAUCAAAAUGUGAAGGAAAGGGAAUAAUUCCACCAUUCAAUGAAUUUCUCAACGUUAAUGGUCCAUUGCAGCUUGGAGGAGUUCAUCAUAAACUGCUAAGUUUCAAGUGGAAGUUUCAGCACACUCGCGAAGGAUUUGACGGAUGUAUCCGGAAUGUUAUUCACAAUAGUGAGGUGUAUGACCUGGCUUCCCCUGGAAGCUCUUCCGGAAGCCACAGUGGAUGUCCACCAUCUGAGAAGAUAUGUUUUGAUAACGGUAUCACGUCAAAUUGUAAAAAUGGAUAUUGUGAAGCAUCAUAUCAAAAGGCUUUAUGUGUUUGUUACCCAGGAUGGCAUGGGUCUCGAUGCGAUAAAUCAACACAGACUAAAAUGUUUAAAAAAAAUAGCUACAUUAAAUAUGCACUCUCCUUUACACCUGACGCCUUUAAAACAGACAUUCAACUCCAAUUCAGAACUCGACAGAAGCAUGGUGAGCUCUUCAGAGCUGGCAGCAAACAUGGUCGAGAGUACUUUGUGUUGGAAGUCAGAGACGAAAAACUUAGACUUCGAUUUAACCUGAAUCCUUAUAGAACGACUGAUGAAAAAGAACUUUGGCUGCCGGAUGUUUCGGUCAGUGAUGGUCAGUGGCAUUCCGUAAGGGUAUUGAGAUAUGGCAGUACAGCCAGUAUCAUAUUGGAUGGUGGAGGUGGUCGCCGUUUAAAUGAAUUGAUAGAUUAUGAAGAACAACACCAAGAGAUGGAGAUAGAGAAACAGAACGUGGUUACUGGUGGAGACGUACAAUACGUUGGUCCUGGAGUUACGUUGGUAGAUAGUGAUUUUCAGGAAGGUUGUCUUAACGAUAUCAGACUUGAUGAAAAAUUUCUUCCUAUGGAGAAUGGGUCUGAGAAUGCAGCUGUGAUAGAGUGGAACAACAUAAUACCCGGAUGUCCAUCUAACUACCCUUGUAAAGGUGUGGACUGUCCACUUCCUUUUAUCUGCAGGGAUAUGUGGCUUAUUCAUGAAUGCAGUUGUCCGGAUGGUUUUAUGAAAACUCCAGAUGGGCUGAACUGUACUGAUGCAGAUGAAUGUUUCAUUAACCCUUGCUUUAAUGGUGGAACCUGCAUUGAUCUACCAGAUGGAAGAGGAUUUUAUUGUAUAUGUCUAGAUGGAUAUAGUGGGAUCGACUGCCAAACACUGGUGGAAGCAAACACCAUUAAACUUAGCAUGGGUGCCUUAGCAGUCAUAUUGUCUUGUUUAUUGUUUAUUUUAGUUUUAGUUCUAUUCAUCGUGGUGUAUACCAGAAAUCACAAAAAAAAAGAAAAAGAAGUGGAUUCAUACGCAACGGAUGAUCCUCUAGGAAAUGUUGUAACUUAUGCUGAUGAAGGUGGAGGUGAAGAAGACAUGAUGAACUUUAAUAAAGAACUACUAAAGGUUCCAGUAAACCCUGAUAUUGCUUCUCAAGAGAUCCCUCUUCUCACCACGUCUCGAAUGGUCCACCCAACAGAAGAUGACAAACACAGAUUAGUAGCACCAGUAUCACUACGAUAUGACCUUCGUUGCCCAUCAGAUAAAGAAGAUUUGUUGAACAAGUUCAAAGAGGUGGACUCUGAUACCAAUACCCUACCUAAGGACGAUAUUAGAAACUAUACCUAUGAGGGUAGCGGCAGUUCGGCCGGUUCGUUGAGCUCUUUAUCCUCUACUUCUGAGGACAAUGAACAAGAUUUUGAUUAUCUUCCAGAUUGGGGACCACGAUUUUCUAAAUUAGCUGCUAUGUACAGACAAGGAGGAAGCGAUGAAGAAUAGUACCUAUUUGUUUGUAAUGCACAAGUUUUGGGCACAUUUGGUUACAGGUUACAUUUUCAUCUACUUUUUCGACAAAAAUCACGUAUGACAAUAGCUUAGCUGACAUUAAAUGUAUGUGUUCAACCGUCUGUAGAUCAUUUUAACUGUUUAACUCAACUUCUGUGUUAAAAAAACACAAGACUUCCUUGAGCUACAAACGGUGAUCACACUUCCAUCUUACUUUAAAGAUGGCAAAGUCUUUCCUUGUUUAAUUUCUAAUUUCAGCGUUUAUCAUCUUGCU